GGCGCGGCCCCGGCAGAGAGAUGCGCGAUCCCGACAGACCGGCUAAAUCCGGUAUAUAGAGAGAGAUGAGAGGAGAGCCGGCACCGGGCUGACCAGCACCGGCCCCGGGGGCCACUACAGACAACGAUGACGGUCGUACGGAAUUGUCCCGGUGCCAAUGUGUAUACCGAAGUGCCUGACGGGGGAUGGGGCUGGGCGGUGGCCGUCGCCUUCUUCUUCGUGGAAGUUUUCACGUACGGAGUCAUUAAGUCGUUCGGCGUUUUCUUCAAGGAUCUGAUGGUUUACUUUGAUGAAAGUAACAGCCGGAUCUCCUGGAUCAUCUCGAUAUGUGUCUUCGUACUUACCUUCACCGCUCCUCUCUCUACGGUGCUGAGUAAUCGCUAUGGCCAUCGGCCGGUCGUCAUGCUCGGGGGAUUCCUUAUCAGCCUGGGGAUGAUCGCGGCCUCCUUUGCCCGGAAUGUGGUGGACAUGUACCUGACCAUCGGGGUGGUGUCUGGAUUGGGUUAUUGUUUCAGCUUCCUCCCAACCGUCACCAUCCUAUCCCAAUACUUCGAGAAACGCCGAUCGCUGGUCACCGCCAUCGCUUCCACUGGAGAGUGCUUUGCCGUGUUCGCAUUUGCUCCAGCUAUAACUGCAUUAAACAACCAGGUGGGGUGGCGGUACUGCCUGCUGAUAGUGGGGGCUCUGCAGCUGAACAUUGUGGUGUGUGGAGCAUUACUACGACCCAUAAUCAUCAAACCUCCCGAAGAAGCCAAAGAGUCUCGGAAGAGCCAGAACCUUGAGAGCAGCUAUAUGCUGGAGAACGAGCAGACGCUGACCUCUCUGGACUCCAUUGAUUCUGGAGUUGAAGUAUCUACCUCCCCGAAGAAUGUAGCGGGUGGCGGGACCCCUGAGAAGAGGAAGCCGGCUGAGCAGCUGGAUGUAGAGGAGAAGUCGGAACCUCCUCUUCUAGACUUCUCAGUGCUGAGGAACCCCAGCUUUAUAUGCUAUGCUCUUUUUGGGCUUUUUGCCACACUGGGCUUCUUUGCGCCAUCGCUGUAUAUCAUCCCUCUUUGUCUGAGCUUAGGGAUAGGCAAGGACUUGUCUGCAUACAUGCUAUCCUCCAUGGCCAUUGCUGAGGUCUUUGGCAGGAUCGGUGCUGGUUGGAUACUCAAUAGAAAGCCUAUUCAAAAAAUUUACAUUGAGCUGAUCUUUGUUGUUCUGUUGUGCCUGGCGUUGGUUGCUUUUCCCUUUGCAGGUAACUUCUGGGGGCUGGUGGUGUGCAGCGUUUUUUUUGGUUGCAUGCUUGGGACUGUUACUGGCACCCAUAUUCCUCUGGUGGCAGAAGAAGACAUUGUUGGCAUUGAAAAGAUGUCUUCAGGAGUCGGGGUCUAUGUUUUUAUCCAAAGUAUUGCUGGCCUGGCUGGACCACCACUUGGAGGCGUCCUGGUAGACUGGAGCCAAAACUACGGCUCGGCUUUUUACUCUUGUGCUGCUGGAAUGGCGCUUGGGGCGUUCUUCCUGGCGCUGGUGAGGCCAUGCAAGGUGGGACUCUGCAGGAAGAAGGAAGACAUGCAGGAAAUGCCGGAGGAUUUCCUGGAAAUGGACAUGGCAAAAGGAGAGGAACUUGGCAAAAGCUGCCAGAGUCUCAGUGGUACACCAUCUCAUGUAAUCUAAUGGUCUCUCCCCAUGUCCCGGAACAAACCACUCCCAAUAAAAGGGAAGAUGACACAAGCAAUGUGAAUUGGGACUCUGGGUAGGGGGGAGGGGAGAAUGGGGCAUUCCAUAAUAAAGACUGCAUGCAGGGAAAACACUUGACCUUUCGCCUCUAGGCUAUGCUGCUUCCUCAGAAAUGCUGCAAACGGUCUUCAUUCACUGAAUUCAUUCAUGCAAA